GUCGUCCCUACAUGAUAUUGAUUUGUUUACCACGAAAUAACCGAACCACGCAUAGGGGAGAGACGAGCGCAGCCGCAGUGCCCGCACGUGGCCGCCGCGAUCUCCGUCUCCCUCGCCAUCUCCACCGCCUCCGUUUCUUCACCCUCCUCCUCUCUCGGUUCGUCUCAAUUCUUUUCUCAUAGAAUACAUCGACAGAUGAAUCCAUUCUGCUGCGCCUCCCCCGUCCCCGUCUCUCCCGUCGCCGCGGCCGCCUCCGCUUUCUCCUCUUCCGCAGCUACUCAUUCCCUCCCAGCCCUGCCCCCUCCUCCGCCUCCCCCUCCCCCGCCGCCCUCCUCCUCGGCGGCCGCCGGCCGCAGCCGCGACUCCUUUCCGCACCAGAACCAUAUCAACAACGGCGGCUCCUGCCGGCCAUCGGGCCCCGCCGGCGCCGCUGCCAGCGACCACGGCCGCCACCACCGCGCAUCUGGCCCAGCGCCGGAGAUCUUGGCCUCUGCCUCCCUUCGCUCUUCCUUCCAUGACGCUCCCCUCGAGCAACGCGAGGUCCGUCUCAACAACAUCGUGGGCAACGGGAUCGCUGGGAUUCUUCACAAGUGGGUCAAUUACGGCAAGGGCUGGCGGCCGCGCUGGUUCGUGCUCCAGGACGGCGUCCUCUCCUACUACAAGAUCCACGGCCCGGACCGCAUCGAGGUCAGCCAGGAAUCCGAGAAGGGCUCCAAGGUCAUUGGCGAGGAGUCUAUCCGCCGGAUCUCCCGCCGCAAGAACGGCCGUACCCACCUCCCCCGCAAGCCCAUCGGCGAAGUCCACCUCAAGGUUUCAUCGAUUCGGGAGAGUAGAUCAGAUGAUAAGAGGUUCUCCAUCUUUACCGGGACCAGGAGACUUCAUCUGAGGGCAGAGACGCGGGAGGAUCGGGUGGCAUGGAUGGAGUCGCUGCAGGCGGUAAAGGAUAUGUUUCCGAGGAAUUCAAACGGUGAGUUCACGGGAUCGGUGGACAAAGUGGUGGUGUCUACGGAUAAAUUGCGGCAGAGGCUACAGGAGGAAGGGGUGGGCGAGGCAACGAUUCAGGAAUGUGAGCAGAUCAUGAGAAGCGAAUUUGCUGCGCUGCAGAACCAGUUGAUGCUUCUUAAACAGAAUCAAAACCUCCUGGUUGACCAUCUUGGCCAAUUAGAGACAGAAAAGGUUGACUUAGAGAACACUGUGGUUGAUGAGGGUCAAAGACAAUCAAGACAAUCAAAAGAGUAUGGAUCGGCUGCUAGAUCAAGACAAGAGAAGUAUAGUGAAGAGAGUGCAAGUGAAUCUGAUUAUGACAAUGAAAAGCCUGAUGCUGCUGAGGAAGAGACUGAUGAAGAAGAUAAUACAUUUUUUGAUACACGUGAUUUUCUCUCAUCAAGUUCUUUUAAGAGCACUGAAUCUGACUUCCACAGAUCUGAAUUUGAUUCUGAUGAUGAGAAUGAUCACGGUGUUGAUUCUGUUGGUUCUAGUGAUUCUUCCAUGCAGUAUGUGGGAUAUAACUAUCCCUAUGUCAAAAGACGAAAAAAAUUGCCUGAUCCAAUUGAAAAGGAAAAAGGAGUGAGCCUCUGGUCGAUGAUUAAGGACAACAUUGGAAAGGAUCUUACCAAAGUUUGCCUUCCUGUGUAUUUCAAUGAACCACUUUCAUCCCUGCAAAAAUGUUUUGAGGACUUGGAAUAUUCUUACCUUGUUGAUCGAGCUUAUGAGUAUGGCAAAAAGGGCAAUGGUCUCAUGAGGAUGCUUAACGUUGCUGCUUUUGCUGUUUCUGGAUAUGCUUCUACGGAUGGCAGAACCUGCAAGCCCUUUAAUCCACUCCUGGGGGAAACAUACGAGGCUGAUUAUCCAGACAAAGGCCUUAGGUUCUUUUCAGAAAAGGUCAGUCAUCAUCCCAUGGUUGUUGCAUGUCAUUGUGAGGGUAAGGGAUGGAGGUUUUGGGGAGAUAGCAAUUUGAAAAGCAAGUUUUGGGGUCGCUCAAUUCAGGUUGAUCCUGUUGGUGUGCUAACCCUCGAAUUUGAUGAUGGUGAAGUUUUUCAAUGGAGCAAGGUGACAACAUCCAUUUAUAACCUUAUAUUGGGAAAACUUUAUUGUGAUCAUUAUGGUACUAUGCGAAUACAAGGAAAUCGUGAAUAUUCAUGCAAGUUAAAAUUUAAGGAGCAGUCAAUAAUAGACCGCAACCCUCAUCAGAGAACAUGUUCUCAGGAAAAGCACAAUGAAGGGGUGUCAAGCCAAACAAAGAUGAACAGACCCUUCAAUACGUUUGAUUUAGAUGAACACUGUUGUUUGUAAUUGUUCUUGGCUUAAACAUUGAUUACUAGUCUUGUUUUAUGCAACAAAGAACCUGUUCUCAGUAAAAGCACAAAAAAGGGGAGUGAGCAAGCUGAACAAAGACAAACAGACCCUUUUUGUGUUUGAGUUAAAUAGACACAUGGUUGUUCGUGAUUGUCCUAAGCUUUACAGCAUAUGUGGUUUCGACAGAUUGAGCUUGAGCUAAGAAUGUGCUCAAGUUUGAGCCGGUCAUGAACACUAGGUUAUUUUGGACAGCUUUAUCGACAGCAGAGCGAGGGAGAUGUAUGAAGAGAAUCGAUUGGGAAGUUGCAAAAAAUGCUGGAUGAAGAAAAUGGUUGGUGGAAAUUUCAGGCCAGGAAAUGUGGAGAGCUUUCUGAGAUCAAAGAAAGAGUCAAGGAUAGAUAAUAUACUGUGGAAAUGGCAGGGAGAUAGGGUUUUAACCUGCCAGGCUAACAUAGCUUGUAUUCUCAAUGAAUUCAAGCCUGAGUUGAACAUGAACUUGAGAUUGAGUUGUUCGAAAUAUUUAGCUAUCUUGGCAACCCCAAUUGUGGGAGGGACAAUGCUACAUUUGGUAGUAUACACUUGUCAGGUUGUUUUAAUCGAUUCAAAUGGAAGACUUGUAAGCCCCACUUGGUUUUCAGAGGUCCAAAGGGCCUAAAGGGUACUGUGAUCUUGUAGAACACUAUUCAAUUAUAUAGCUUUUCCUUGCUUAAAUCCUUUAGCAUGAUCUGCAAAGAUUUGGUGUGUCCUUGUUGUCCUGUUGUACAAUAGGGAGCACAGUCACCCCCACUAUUUUCACAGCAAAUUUCAAGUAUGAUGAUUAUAUAUCUGCUGCUUCAUAUAUAUCCACCAUUUUACAUAAGAAAAAUGAUCCAUUUGUCAUUCAAAUUCCCAGUUAGACUCUGUUAUAUGUCUAAUGUGAUUGAACAGGCCUGUAGAAUAUUACUAUUAGGAUUAUAUAAUAUCUGAAUGCUAUGGACAAUGAUCCAUGAAAUUUGUCCAUGUUGAAAACUUAUGGAUAUUGGAGUACUUGAUCUGAAAUUAAUAGCUUGUCUGUGUAUGUCUUUGUCCAGUUUCUUUUAGCUAGUUUUAAUGCAUUUUUUAUGUAGCCUAAUUUCAUAUAUACAUGUGGACCAUAUUUUCUCUCUUUUUUAUACCUUUAUAGAUGUUUUACAUAUUAUGAUUUUUGGAAGUUUUAUAUUUAGUAAAACUAGGCAAGCAGAAUUUGUGUUGUUAGAAGCUGCAUAGGACAUUUUUGAGUCCUAUGGUUCUACUUGCUCUUGUAGAUUUUCAAUUUAAUAUUCUAUCUGAUGCUUUUGAUUGAAAAAAAUCUGAUGAGUUGUUUGCUUUUCCUUUGUGAAAUGGUUGUUUCUAAACAUGAAC